GUGGCUAUUUAUUGGUUGCCUUCCUAGCGUCUGAGUCCCUCUUACUACUACCUAGGACCCCAAAUUUCUCAAGUAUGCAGUUUGGCGGGGGAAGAAGCCCACCUCCAGCUCCAGGGAGAGCCAGUCAGUAUAUCCCAUACCUCUGGCCACAGUUCAAGGGUGAACAUGGGAUCAAGGGUGAACAAAGCUGCAUUCUAGGACGUGAGCAAUCAGAAAUGCACAAUUUGCUUUCUUCUGCAGCUCAUGAACAGGAUACAUAUAGAUUCAGGAGUUUGGACAUCAUCAUGGGUCCACAGUGGGAGAGCUGCCUGAGAAUGGCGACAGAGGUCACUGAGACAAGUAAGAUGAAGAAGCUUCUACCCUAAAUCAUUUGGUAUUUGGGCUAAUAAAUCCCCUGUUUGGUUUCAACCAGUUUGGGUUAGAUUUUUGGUCACUGGUAACAGAAAGGAUCCUAACUGAGACUCAGUGAACACAACUUGACCCUGCUACGUUUUGACAGUCUCUGCUCUAAUCACCAUCUUCCCACCAGUAUUUUUAAUUCCUGUUAAGAUGAAUCAGCCUAGCUACAACUGUAAUAGAAUUUAGCUGACCUGAAAAAAUUUCCCAAUAUUUAUGUAUUUUAGUCUAAAAUUUUUUUGUAGUUUACAUCAUACUUCUUUUUACAUACAUCUUUUAAGAGGAAAUUCAAUCAUCUGAUUUUAAGAAAUGCAAAUGUGGGACAAUGAUGUAUCAACCCAAAGAUUUUCUCUUGUAAUAAAAAAAUGUUUUUAAAGGGGGAAAAUAGGGAUUUUUAUUAUUAAAAGAUAAAAGUAAAAUUUAUUUUUUAAGAUACAAGACAUUGGAAACAUUUAGUUUCACAAUUUGCCAUUAUUAGGCAUUCUCUAUCUGAUUGCUAGAAAUUAUUCAUUUCCUCAAAGAGAGAGAAUAAAUUGGUUGGGGAUGCAAUCUUGUACUAUGCAUAUUCUUUGCCAAGGCAAACGCUGAACAUUUCAGAGCCAUGAGAUUGCUUCUGUAUUUGAGUUUGCUAGGUCUUGGAGCUGCCUACGUUUGUGUCAUUGCUGUAGAAAGUCCCAUGAAUAGACUGGUGGCAGAGACCUUGACACUGCUCUCCACUCAUCGAACUCUGCUGAUAGGCGAUGGGAACUUGAUGAUUCCUACUCCUGAACAUACAAAUCACCAACUAUGUAUUGAAGAAGUCUUUCAGGGAAUAGACACAUUGAAGAAUCAAACUGAACAAGGGGAUGCCGUGGAAAAGCUAUUCCAAAACUUGUCUUUAAUUAAAGAAUAUAUAGACCUCCAAAAAAAAAAGUGUGGAGGAGAAAGAUGGCAAGUAAAACAGUUCCUAGACUACCUGCAAGUUUUCCUUGGUGUAAUAAACACUGAGUGGACAACAGAAAGCUGAGACUAAACUGUCUUAUUGUAGCUUAAGAUUUGGGAGGAAGAGAAGGAUGUUUUACUGCAAGGAGAAUGAGGGCUAACCAACGGUUGGGCCAUAAUGUUCAGUGUCAUUAAACUUCAGAGGCAAAGCAAAUAUUUCAGGCAUACUGCUACUUCACCACCUCACACAGGCAGAAAGCAUACAAAUAAAAUAUUUGAGAUGUACUUAAGGUAUCAGAAUCAUUGAAGUAUUUUCCACCAGUUUGCUCCAGGCAAAAUAGGUAUAUACUUUUAUCUAUCUUAUUUAAUGUAAUAUUCUGUAAAAUGUCUGUUAACUUAACAUUAUUUAUGAAAUGAUUGAGAAUUUGGAAAAUUAAUAUUUAUUUCCAAUA